GGUAACCGAUUACCACGUCUUCACAUUUUGGAGCCAUCUCCUUUUCAGUCUCACCGCAUGUUUUUCUACCAAAUGUUCAUCUCACAAUAUCAAACUUUCGUUCGUCGUCCCUUUUUCUACCCUUUACAUUAUUAGGGAUGCCCAUCGUUCCGUAUACGGUUACGGCUGUACCUUAUACGGCCGUAUAUCAUAUGAGAAAAGGGCAACGAUACGGUACGGGUUUGACCGUAUCCCGUAUACGGGCAUCAUAUGAGAGGGUGCUGACCUGGAGCAAGCAUCCAUAUAAAUUUCACCUAUCCAUACAAUACCCGUACAAAUACGGCGUAAAAAUCGAUUUCCAAACCGCUGGCGGUACGGGUAUGGGCCCGUAUAUACAGUACCCGUAUCCGCCGUAUGUACGGGUACGAUGGGCAUCUCUAUACUUUAUUGCCAGCCGUUCGAUUCGACCCUGUGUCCACCAACUUCUGAUUCUAGCCAUUGUUUGUGAUAUAACGUCUUGGCCUCCAUUUCGUUGCUAUUUCUCAAGUUUACCUCUUUCGUCGCGGGUUCAUCAUUAUUUUCUCGUAGGUCCAUACUAGGGUGUCUAAAAUACUGCUACAGGAUAGUUCGGCGUCUUAUCAACGAUGGAUCUAGACUCGGAAGCUUUUUCCCGUUAACAUAUGCAGUGC